GAGCCUAGUGUCAAGUCCAUUUUCAGUGUUAAGAGCUCGCCUACAUGGUUGCCAUGCAUUAAGGUUAGCUGGAUUAGGUAAUUAUCGAGAAUAUCCUUAGCUGGUUUACUUCUUAAGUAAUUAAUUAUGUGACUGCACAAACUGAGUUUGUUGUUAGUCACGAUAGCUCACUGUGCCAUAUCUAUGCUUUUAAGCCGACUGUUAGUGUUGCCACCAGUUGCGCUUUAAAUGGCACCGAACGAGGCGGUUGUGGAGCAGGCGGAGGAGCAGCAGAAGAUUUCCACAUUUGCCGUUCUGGACCUGGAGACAAACAACUUGCCUGCCUACCAGAAUAACCGAGUGGCCAUUACGGAGUUGUGCAUUUACGCCUUCGAAGCCGCGCUCCUCAAGAAGGAAAAGGCGGAGCAGAAACGGGACCAGGAUGAGAAGAAGGAGCAGGAGCUGCCGGCGGCACCGCGCGUUCUGCACAAGUUGAAUCUGCUCUUCCAGCCGUCCAUGAAGGUUCAUCCUGAAGCUGAGAGAAUAACAGGUCUGAGCAAUUACCUGCUGGAGCGGGAGUCCAAGCUGGACGUGGACGCCGCGCAACUCAUCAACAGCUUUCUGAAGCACUUGCCGAGUCCAGUUUGUCUGGUGGCUCACAACGGUUGGGGCUUCGAUUUUCCCAUUUUGAGGCAGACCUUUGAGAAACUCAACAUAGAGCUUCCCCAAUCCCUGACUUGUGUGGACUCACUACGCGCCUUCAUGGAGAUUGACGACACCCAACAAAAAGAAACCAGUCCCUUGGAAGUCCCCGACGCUGUGCAGGAAACCAUAGCUAUACCGGAGCUGAAAGACGAUCAGGAAACUGAAACUGCCCACAAAGAGCCAGAAGCGGUCAAGGAUUUCGAUUGGCGAACCAGAAACGAAACCACUCCAAACCGUCCCAUUCUGACGCCUAAGGAAGCAUUCGCCAAGCGCAAGCUAUUACUAGACUGCGAUGAGGAUGACUUGGAGGAGCAGACCCCUGCCAAGCGGAAACCCGGAGAGUUUAGGUCGCGACGCCAGCUGUUCAGUGGAUUCAAAUGUGCCGAAACCAAACGCUUUCCGCCCCGCGGAGUUUAUAAUUUGGGAAGUCUGUUCACGAGCAAGUUUCAAAGACCAGCAAGUAGUGCCCACCAGGCAGAGGCGGAUGUAGCCAUGCUCACAAAACUGAUACAGCAUUACGGCAUGGAUUUCCUGGCCUUCGCCGAGGAGCAGGCCAUUCCAUUCCACGAAGUGGUUCCACUUGGCACUCCCGUUUGUCGAAAAAAGGACUGCAAUCCAACCAAGUCUAUUUCAGCAUGAAGUUCAUUUUAACGUGUGAUUUAUUAUUAUAUUUUAUAUAAAUUACUGAAAACUAGGAUUUUAAUAAUUAAAAAUUUAUUUGUAACUAGAAUGGUUUUUAUAAUAAAUGGUUUUGUAUAAAA